AUUGCCUGAUUCGGCGGGCUCAAGAACGGUGGGGUAGGCACCUUCUCCGGUGGCGGGACAAAGCUCGAGACCACUCGGGGAGGUACGAGUACGGAAAUCACGAUUCACCGGCGUGAAUGGCGUUGUCGCCUACAGAAACCUAAAUCCUACCUUACAUAUAAACGUUCUGGACCUUCAUGCCUUAAUCCAAAAUCCACGUUAAAUAGCACGUCCGACACGAUAAUGCGGGGCCUGAGCGUCGCAACAAACGCCGACCCGGCGACCGCAAAACCCCGCCGAAGCUCGAACGCGUCGCGGACGUCGUCGCCGCCACGACCGCCUGUCAGUCCCAUCACACCGCCACUCGGGCCGGCUCGCCUGCCACCUCACGCUGCUCCAUCGACCGGCACCGACAGACCUACGGUACCCGAUUUUGCUCGUGGUCGGCCAUCCUUUACACAUACCACGCAGACCGAGCAGGUGGGCGUCGUACCUCCACCGGCGCCACCGAUCGACUUUGAAACCAACCCCGACGUCAUAGCCCUAAAAAGUGCGAUAUCAAUACUACAACUGCAACGCGCACGCGCCACGGCCGAUAUUCAAACGUUGAGUCGGGCAAAGGAGGCAGCGCUUGCUGACCCAGAGGCAUUCAUAGCUGAUUUGCAGGCGGGAAGAAUACGCACCGAUGGCGAUCCGCUAUUCCCAGGGCGAGGAAGGGGCAGUACAAUAGAGGAAGAUUCGGAUGACGACAGCGACAGCAACGAUGACAAGGAAGGGGAGGAGGAAGAUGAGCGUGGAAAUGCGCAGUCCGAGGAACAGGCAGAUUGGAAUGAAACAGAACCCAGGAUCAGGAGUGAACGAUCAAAACCCGACGGCGCCUCCAGAUCACACCUACCAUCACGCAGUUCCACAGGAAAAGGGAAAGCAAAACAGAAACCCGACGCAGAAGGAGUCACCGGGAAACCACCACCCUGGCAGACCCUUCCCAAACCCCAAACGAUCGUCCGGUGUCCGCCCAUCAACUGGGCCCAGUACGGCGUGGUAGGCGAGUCGCUAGACAAACUCCAUGCCGAGCAGCUAGCCGCGCCCACACCCGGAGCACCCAUGAUCCUGGGCCCUGGCGGGACCUACGAAUUCAAGGCUGGCGGGAGCGGAGGAGGCGGUUCAGCUGCUGCUGCCGCCGGUGGUGGGAGCGAGCAAGGCGGCCGACUGGUUGGCAUCGCGGCGCCGUAUAACCCCCUGAGAGAUAAGUUGGAGAAAAAGGGCAAGGCGGGGAAGCGGUGAUAGUGGCACGGUUAUAUUCCAUGUGUUCACGCUUGAUGGCUUAUAUGACUAUGCAUAGGAAUCGGAAACUAGCGUGGUAUGACUGGAUGUUUUGAGACAUAGGAUCAGCGGCUAUUGAGGCCAGUGAUAGGCUACGGUAUGAGGCCAUGCGUUUUCCAGAAGGUCGCCCGCAACGACACACAUCAUUGUAUUACUGGGAUACCUAGAUGAGACGCUUCGGGUUUGGCCACCUAUCGGCCCAGGAAAGAAUGAGAAGAUAUUAGCG